AUGGCCGACCAGGAAGUGGAUCUGGACUCCAUUAUCGACCGGCUGCUGGAGGUGAGGGGCAGCCGGCCCGGUAAGCAAGUGCAGCUGCUGGAAUCGGAGAUCCGUUUCCUUUGCACCAAGGCCCGUGAAAUCUUCAUCUCGCAGCCCAUUCUGCUGGAGUUGGAAGCUCCCAUCAAGUUUUUUUCUUCUUCCUUUGUUAGAUCUGUGGUGAUAUCCACGGCCAAUACUACGACCUUUUGCGUCUGUUCGAAUACGGUGGAUUCCCCCCCGGAGGCCAACUACCUUUUCCUUGGUGAUUACGUCGACCGUGGCAAGCAGUCCCUGGAGACCAUCUGUCUGCUCCUUGCCUACAAGAUCAAGUACCCCGAGAACUUCUUCAUCCUGCGUGGUAACCACGAGUGCGCCUCUAUCAACCGUAUCUACGGUUUCUACGAUGACUGUGGAAGACCUUCACCGACUGCUUCAACUGCCUCCCCUAUCGCGGCCAUAAUUGACGAGAAGAUCUUCACCAUGCACGGUGGUCUGAGCCCCGACCUGAACUCGAUGGAGCAGAUCCGCCGAGUCAUGCGUCCCACUGAUAUUCCUGACUGUGGUCUCCUCUGCGAUCUGCUGUGGUCCGAUCCCGACAAGGAUAUCACUGGCUGGAGCGAGAAUGACCGUGGUGUAUCUUUCACAUUUGGCCCUGACGUGGUGUCACGCUUCCUGCAGAAACACGAUAUGGAUUUGAUAUGCCGAGCUCACCAGGUUGUGGAGGAUGGCUACGAGUUCUUCUCCAAGCGCCAACUCGUCACACUAUUCAGUGCGCCCAACUACUGUGGUGAAUUCGACAAUGCAGGUGCCAUGAUGAGCGUCGACGAGAGCUUGCUCUGCUCCUUCCAGAUCCUGAAACCAGCAGAAAAGAAACAAAAGUACGUCUACGGGAGCAUGAGCUCUAGCGGAUCCGUCACUCCUCCGCGCAAACAAAAGAAGAAAUAA